AUGGCUGCACCGCACUACCGCAAAGUCGAGCUACAAUCUCCAGCAGAUUUCACCUAUCUAUAUGCAAACACGGUCGCCCUCUCCCGGCAAAAAUUGGACUUGAAUCUACCCCCUUCCGCAACAAACGAUGACAAGCCAGACCCGAUGCGCGAGCGCGUGCGGGAAUUGGUUGACGAGUACAUAACCCGCACCUUCACAACAGCCUCCUCUUCAAUUAGCAUCAACGGCCUAGACUCCUCAUCCCCGGCCUUCCCCUUCCCCGCGGCCUUCACCGCACCGGAAACGGUCGAAUACGAACCCUUCGAUUCAGAACUCGCCUCGCGCGUAAGCACUCUCUACGCCCAACUCGAAUCUCUCACGACGACUGUCGCGCAAUUACGGCGCGAAGCACCCCGGAAGGCGGCCAAGGCAUAUUCAGCUCAGUUGGCGGGGUUAAUCGAAGAGGAGAGCAAGGACGAGGGCGAGGGCGCGGAUGGAGAUGAGAAUGACGAUGCAGAGGAUCACGACGACACGCAGAACGAAAAGCCCGACGCUAUGGAUGUCGAUACCGAACCCGCAUCUGGAUCGGCAUCUACGAAACACCAUCGUGCUCGACAUCCCCGUCGUCCCCGUCCCAAUCCAGCUUGGAAUAUAGACGUCCCCCUCGGCACGAACGAAGAAGCCGAGCGUUGGCGGAACGGGGAUAUGGCCGAGGUAUACGAGAAUGCGUUACGAACCCUGCAACGAUUGCAGGGUGAAGGCGAUAGCGAGGGUGGAGGCGAAGCUGGGUCGGAAGGGAAUGCGUUGGCGACGACGGUGGGCAAGGCUGAGAGGGCGGCACGGGCAGCUGAGGUUGUGGAGAGUAUGUGA